UCCAGCACACUCAGCCCCAGCCUCAGCAGCCCUCACGCCUCCCCACAGCCCCACAACAGCCUCCACACUCCCUCACCCUCCUGCAUCACCACCCCUCACACCCCCACACCCCUGCCCUGCCUCACCCCCCUCUCUUCCAGGGACCCUCCACACCACACCCAUGGCCUGCUACGACCUCUGCCGACCCUGCGGACCCACCCCGCUGGCCAACAGCUGCAACGAGCCCUGUGCCCUGCAAUGCCAGGACUCCCGCGUCAUCAUCAACCCUUCCCCUGUGCUGGUCACCCUGCCAGGACCCAUCAUGACCUCCUUCCCCCAGAGCACCGCCGUCGGAUCCACCUCCUCGGCUGCCGUGGGCACUGAGCUCAGUGUGCAGGGACAGCCCAUCUCUGGGGGAUUUGGUGGCUUUGGCUAUGGGCUGGGCUAUGGCCGUGGAUUUGGCUAUGGGCUGGGCUGUGGCUAUGGGCUGGGAGGCCUGGGCUGCUAUGGCAGAAGGGGUGGCUACAACUGCUGAGGGACACCCGCACCACUCUUUUACACCACCAGCUUGGGGCUCUGGCAACAACU